UGGCACCAAGAAAAAUGAGUGCAAAUUUGCGUGUGUAGUAUUUUUCCUGGUCGAGCUCGCACGAUUGAACAUUUCGAUUUUCCAAUCUGAUCCAGUUUUGGUAGCCUUUCCAGUCGAUUCCCGGAUGACCGCGAUGGAUUCCACCCUGUUUGAGAGUAGAUCCUGAUGGCGAGUGGUUCUCUGUCCGCGGUUUUCGGUCGCUUCAAGUUUUGUGGUAAAAUCAGAGCACAGAGUGAAUUGAAAUAAAUUUCCCUCUGCUGCUGCUUCAAGUGGGUGGUGGAAGUGCAGGAGGAUUCCCGCAAGCAAGUUUGGGAAGGGACUGGUGGCUGGUGGGCUAUUGUGUGUCUGUGUGCGGGGAGUGUUGUCCCUCAAAUGAAGUCGUGGAACUGCUGCUGGUGCCGUUGAGAAAUUCAAUAGCUGUUUUAUUUUCACUUUAUUGUUUGCUGGUGGGUUUUGUUGGGUUGCAGAGGGGGUUUGUGAAAGUGGGGGAAACGGUGGGUUAGAUCUGUGCUGUUUCCGAGAACAGACGGAACCGAAGCUGGAAGCGAAAGGGGUCUGUUAGCUGCUUCAAAAUUGAUCCUAGCAGAUCGUUGCGAUGCGGACAUUUAAAGGAUUCCGGUGGUGUCACUACUGGAUCGAUUAUGUGGCCUUGGGACUGGUUCUGGGUUGUUUGAUGGCCAUAGCAGCCGAACAGGUUCCCGCGGUGCCCACACACAAUAUGUCCAACAAAGAACGGAAUGAGCUUAAGGAGGAAGCCAGAGAAAUGUUCUAUCAUGCCUAUGAAGCCUACAUGGACAAAGCCUAUCCGGCAGAUGAGCUGAUGCCGCUGAGCUGCACCGGAAGAUAUCGAGGAAUCACUCCGUCGCGUGGAGAUUUGGACGAUGUUCUGGGAAAUUUCUCAAUGACCCUGGUGGACACACUGGACACGCUCGUCAUCUUGGGUGAUCUGGAAGAGUUCGAGCGUGCGGUGAAGCUGGUGAUCAAAGAUGUCAAAUUUGACAGUGAUAUCGUUGUAUCGGUGUUCGAAACGAACAUCCGAAUGGUUGGUGGUCUACUGUCCGCUCACAUUCUGGCGGAAUAUGUUCAAAAGCAAGCAGACGUUAUGACAUGGUACCGUGGCGAGCUGCUAGAGAUGGCCAAAGAUUUGGGCUAUCGAUUACUGCCGGCGUUCAACACGUCAACAGGCAUUCCACACGCCAGGGUUAAUCUCAAACAUGGGAUGAAGGUUGAUUCCUUGCGGCAUUCGAGGGAAACUUGCACAGCCUGCGCGGGGACAAUCCUGUUGGAGUUCGCUGCUCUAUCACGGCUAAGUGGAGAACCAAUUUUCGAGGCAAAGGCUCAUGCCGCCAUGGAUGCUUUGUGGAAAAUGCGGCACCGAAGUUCCGAUUUGAUGGGAACGAUUCUCAAUGUGCAUUCCGGGGAUUGGGUACGCCGGGAGUCUGGGGUAGGGGCUGGAAUCGAUUCCUACUACGAAUACUGCCUUAAAUCGUACAUUCUGUUGGGUGACGAGCGCUAUCUGGCUCGAUUCAACCGUCACUACAAUGCCAUUAUGAAGUACAUUAGCCAGGGACCGAUGCUGCUGGACGUCCAAAUGCAUCGACCCCACACGAAGACUAGAAAUUUUAUGGAUGCUUUGCUAGCGUUCUGGCCGGGACUGCAGGUGCUUUCGGGUGAUCUGAAGCCAGCCGUUCAGACGCACGAAAUGCUGUACCAGGUGAUGCAGAUGCACACCUUCAUUCCGGAAGCAUUUACCUACGACUUUCAGGUUCACUGGGGACAACAUCAUUUGCGACCAGAGUUCAUUGAAUCAACAUAUUUCCUUUACCGAGCAACAGGAGAUCACUACUAUCUGCAGGCUGGCAAAAAAGCUUUGAAAGCUCUUCAGAAACAUGCCAAAGUUCCCUGCGGUUAUGCAGCAGUUAACGAUGUACGAACGGGUAAACACGAGGACCGAAUGGACUCCUACGUGUUGUCGGAAACAUUCAAGUACUUGUAUCUGCUGUUUUCGGACCCAUCGGAUCUGUUGCUGAACAUCGAGAAUUUCAUCUUUACCACCGAAGCUCAUCUGCUACCGCUUACUUUGGGACUUUUGGGGAACCAUACUUCAAACGUCCGGGAUCAGGAGGAUGGCCAGACGCUGGACUUCAUGCGUUCCUGUCCGAGUCCGAACAAGUUAUUUCCUGAAACGGUCCGACGUCCCCUUAGAGAUUUGGUUACGGGAGUUUGUCCGCGCAUAUCGAGUGCCAAAAGACUUAGAGCGGCUGACUUUCAGGCAAGCAAUGCAGAUCAUCUACGGACAGUUUAUGACAUGGGUAUUACGAUGGUUUCUCUAGGCGAGGGGAAGGUCCAGCUGCUGCACAGUUUCUACAAUGCAAAAUCACCGGAAGAUGCUGAGCGAGGAUUAAUGUUCAUGCAGGAAAUGGUAGAACUGUCUAAAUCGAAUGCCAUUCCGAAGACCCAGCUGCAGGGAGUAACGUUUCGAAAGCCAGGCGGCACCGGAGAGUUGCAACUUCUGAAAGCUGGCCCGAGUCACUUCGGGCCGGAACUGACGGGGGAUAUGAAAGUUACCGGACGAGCUUUCUACGCCAAUCCUACCAAGUUGUGUACAACUCUUAAAAACGGGGAAAUGCUGAAAGGUCAUAUCGCUAUUAUUGAACGUGGUGAUUGUACUUUCGUAGAUAAAGCACGGAGAGUACAAUCCGCAGGAGCAAUCGCGGCCAUAGUGUACGACAACACCCCCAACACUUCGAUCGACAAUCAGCAAAUGUUUGCCAUGUCCGGCGACGGGCGGGACGAUGUGAAGAUACCGGUGGUGUUCCUAUUUACCCGUGAAGCCGAAAUUCUGAAGACGGCUAUCAGCAUCCAGUCGGAUAUUGAGGUCACUUUAAGGCCAGUACCGGAAGACGAGGGAGAGUUGUCCAAAGAAACUCCAUCCGAUAAUAGCAAGACUGAUUCUACAGGAUCGACUAAAGACCAGGGCUCGACGGGGAGCAGCAGCAAACCUUAAUAGUAAGAGAUUGGUUUUCCUAGUCCAGAGGGCAGGGUGAUCAGAUUAGCUGAACCCUAACGUAAUGUGGACUGUGUAUAACUUGAGAAAAAAGCGUAGAAAAUUUGGAGUGAUGGACGAUACGAAUGUUAGACAGUGUGUAUAGAAGCUUUUGACUGACACUUAUAAAAAUGUCUAAACAAUCAAGAGACAUGUUUGCGCGACAGAGAGUAAGAAGUUGUAAGAAAAGUGAAGUAGCUAAAGUGUAUAAUAUUUUUUUAUUCAGAGUCAGAGUAAAUCUAGAGCAAAAGGCGUUUUGUUAUCUAGUUAAUACAUCUCUUUAAAAACAACAGAGUAGCUAAACGGGCGUAGGAAAUUAUGUGACAUAUCAGAGUGUUGAACUAGAGAAUGAGUUGUGUUUGAAAUGCGCAAUGAUACGGUCGUCGUCCACUGUAAAAAGUUGCAUCUAUCGUAAGUCGUGAAUGUACAUACCGGCACUAAAUCCUAACGCGUAAGUAGCAUUAUCUAGUACAGUAAGACUAAAUCGCUCGCCGAUUCCUUGUUUGCUAUCGAAGAACUGAGGAACCGCAACAAUGGCGAGAUAAUUCCACAACUAACUAGAAGUCACAAUUUUUCAGCGAUCUUAGAUAUAUUUAUUCCGAAAUGAGAGUUAAGAAUGAAAAGCAAAAACAAAAACGAAUUUUCAAAACUGUUCUGUCGUUAGAACGCUGGCCGAGGCCAUCAUUGAUUGCUGGUAAUGACCGAGGGCUAUUGAUUAUUUAUCAUUUAAAUUUUGUUAUCCCUUCUGGAAACCGAAGUCAUCCCGGAAUGGAUAUAGCAAUCGAGUUAGAUAGUUAUAAAAACAAACAAACAAAAAACAAAAGAUGCAAUAUGAUCAAGAAUUUAUAUAACAAAUAGAACGCUGAAAGUAUGAAACGCUGACGCUGACAGCUAACCGACG